GGCUCGGUCUCCGAGCACGCCGGAGCGGCAGUCCCUUCUGGUGCGUGCGUAGGAGAACGUCUCUCUUUCGCCCGGUCACGAGAGAGAGGGGAACGGAAAUCUGACGUUUCGGUUAUCAUUCUCCGAACAGUUGACGAGUCGACGUUGCCUCUCGCGUGUGGCCGUCCGGUGUACGAUUGGAUUCUCGUGCUUAUCGUUCGACAGGAGAGUGCUUCGAGUGCGAGACGAGCAGUGCCUUCGGUCGUUCAAGUGCCAAUCGUGUGCCAUCGUGUGUCGCGUGCCCGUGGAGAGUCGACGACAGUUGGAAAAAGUUUUACGCUCGAGGGCUCGACAACCUCGGGAGCCGUGGGUGAAAGAGAGAGAGGGACAGAGAAAACGGACUAUUUAACGCGGCUCCUAAUAAUAGCGCGUUCGUACGCGAGUAUACUAAGCGCCUAUAAAUACACACCUACCACGGCCCGCGGAAACACGAGCCCGUGGAUUUCACGGUGCAACCUGUCCACGAGGAGAUAGAAAAGAAGGGAAAAGGGGGAGAAUAAUCUUGAAGGAGGGCGCACCUGGCGCUCUAAGAGAAACUUGCCAUAAUCGGAUCUAGUCGGAGGCAGUAACGCAAGAUAAUCGUGCGGGGCGAGGGACCGGGAAACGUAAGAGAGAGACUUUGCGCGGCGAUCGGUCCAUCGGGGCUGCUGGUGGUACCAGUCUGAAAGCAGAUUAGAGAAUAACCGCACCUGGAGCGCGAUUUUAUUGUUUCACGGCCGCGUAUACCUUUCUUUCCGUCUCGUAACACGAGAAACAUCCCGGUGCCGGGUUCGUCGGCAGUCGAAGCUUGCAGCAACUCUCCGCCAGCGGUGGCCUAAAAAUAUCUCCUUCCUGCAUAUUCCGAGGCGUUUACGCCGUCUCGAAAUCUCCGCACGUUGUUCUCUCGGGGCGGCUACUUUUCGCCUCCAUCCCUCCCCUCUCUACGUGCUUUCUCCUCUUUCGAAGCACGAAGAAUCGAUCGGAAAAUCGAGACGACUCUCGAGCGCCCAUCGCCGUGAACUUGGGUGCUGAACUUUGACUCGACGCGACAGGAACCUCGCUGGAAAAUGCCUCGCAGAAAAUCGUGCGCGAAACGUGGAUGAGUGCGAGAGGUAACGAGGAUCAAGUAGAGUUCACACAAUGGCCAGAGUUGGGCUUGUUCGUCGUAAUGUUGUUCGCGAAGUCUUCUGGGUGUUCGAUGUGAAGCAUAGAUCGUAAGGUAAAUGUCGCAGUUAUCGAUAGGGGUAGACAGUUUUGGGUACCGUUGAGGUGUAUUGUAAUGUCUGAGGGGGCUGUCGAUAGUCGCUUCGAGUAUUUCAAAUUCAUCGUCUUCGACUUGAAUAUGAGUAAAGCUGUUACCAGAACUGUAUUCUCGAAAUGAGUUCAAAGCGUCGAUGAUUUGGAUAAGCGCGAAGUUAGCUGCGGAUAUGAGCCUGGUUACGAUGUUCUUGGGGGAAAAUGAGGGAUCGAGAGUUGCUUAACCGUUCGUCUUCGUUCGAAAUUGUUUCUAUAGAUGAGAAUUUCGCCCACCUCUGGCUCGCGCGCAGCUAGAUACCCGCCGUCGGAACGAUUCUCGAUAGGGCCAGGUCGCGUCCGUCGGACGAGCGAUCGGUGCGCGGAUUGUUCGAGGAGGAUUCGAUCGAAGGAAGAAGAACAGUGAGUGAUAACGAAGUGCAAGGAAGAGACGAAGUGGUUCACGGUGGAGGGUGGAGGGAACGGUGUGCAAGGGGUCUCCGCCGUGGGCCCCGGAGAUGACGCGAUGAUGGCCUACGGAGGAACCGCUGGGAACGGGGGCGCGAUGGGACCUUCCUCUGGUGGUGCCGAUGUUUUGGGCUCCACCGGGGAUUACAGCCCGCAGGGGACACCGACGCCGCUCACGGGACACUCCGCGGGAUCCGUCGAGACCAGCAGCUACGGUCCUGGGACAGGACCUGCCAGCUACAGUCCCCAGGAUAGUCCCGCCAGUUCCGCUGGCGGCGGAAGCGGUAGCAAUGGACAGCUUCCCAGUUUCGGGUUCACGCAGGACCAGGUCGCCUGCGUUUGCGAGGCGAUGGUGUCGUCUGUCCAGGUUCUCCAGCAGGCGGGCUCCGUGGAGAGGCUCAGCAGGUUCCUGUGGUCCCUUCCGUCGUGCAAUAGGUUGCACCGACACGAGAGCGUCCUGAAAGCCAAGGCGAUCGUCGCCUUCCAUCGGGGCCACUUCAAAGAACUGUACAGGAUCCUCGAGAGCCACACGUUCAGCCCGCACAAUCAUCCGAAACUGCAGGCCCUCUGGCUCAAGGCCCAUUAUAUCGAGGCCGAGAGACUGAGGGGGAGGCCUCUCGGCGCAGUUGGGAAGUAUCGCGUUCGCCGCAAGUUUCCGCUGCCCAGAACGAUCUGGGACGGCGAGGAGACAUCCUACUGCUUCAAGGAGAAGUCCAGGAGCGUGCUGAGGGACUGGUACGCCACCAACCCCUAUCCAUCGCCUCGCGAGAAGCGAGAACUGGCGGAAAGCACGGGCCUCACCACGACGCAAGUCAGCAAUUGGUUCAAGAACCGAAGGCAGAGGGAUCGUGCUGCUGAACACAGCGGACAGAGGGAGGACAAGGCCCACGGCGGUGGCCUGGGCGACUCCAGCAGCGAGAGCGGAGACGAAGCGAAGAGGCAGGCGGUGGGCCAGCAGCAGCAACAGCAGCCUUCGUCGUGCGCUGUCCAGCAACAGCAGCAGCAGCAGCAGCAGCAGCAGAUGGUCGAGCACCAGCAAACGUCAGGCAUGUAUCAACUUCCGGCACCGGUCUCGGUUUCCAGUCCUCACUCGUACCACCAAGGUCACGGCUCGACCUUGAGCCAUCCUCACACGCCGACCCACCACAUGCAGCACCACGACACCAGCAGCGAGAGCGGCGACGACAAGCGAAAUCUUCAUCAUCAGCUGCAGCAUCAUCUCCAGGUCGGUGCUCACGGUACUCACGGCUUGAUACAUCCCACGGCGACCUUGCCGCCGCCGCCACCCAGCUGCGCCCAGCAGAAGAGCCAGUUGGACUAUAUGCAGUACUAUAGUCCACAGGACUACCUGAUCGGUAGUACGCCAACGUCCGCCGACCUCCAGAAGUCGCUUCCCCACACGGCCACGUCGAUGCAGAUGGGUGCUAUAGCUCCUUCCAUGGGUGGGCUGAGCCCAAUGGGUCCGUCGACGAUGCUACCGAACACGAUGCAGGGCGUGAACACUAUGAACACCAUGUCGAUGAACGGCAUGGGGAUGGGGGCGUACCAGGGCAUGGGCUCCAUGGGAAUGUCCACGUCCCACGGCAGUUAUCACAGCGGUCUCGUGCUGGGCGACUAUCACUCAUUGUGACCCUGGGCCCCGGGCAGCCAGGGCAAGAGGAACCAAGAGAAAACUUAAUGGAGAACUCGUUUCGACUCGCGACGAUCUGCCACGGAAUUAUCCUUCGAAGCAAGAGAACCGAGCUACGAGUCCGGUGCGAAGGACAAGAUUUCGCACCGGGCUGUGUAGAGUCUAGGUAAUUAAAUCCUGGGACAUUGAAUCGUGAGAUCGUGCCGUUCGAAAGGAUCGCAUCGAAUCGAAUUUAGGGCAUCUUCGCGACACGCGACGCCUACCACGAGGAGAUUCGACGCGUCGUCGUCCCGGAAUCGUUCGUGGAGCGUUUCGAAGAAGAAUGUCGGAAGUACAUCGACCGAAGCGACCGUUCCGCCUCGACUUUCGCGUGGAAUCCGAGAGCAACUGGUCGAGAGCUCGCGAGAGAAACGGGGAGGUUCGAGGCGGCAGGGUGAGAGGACGCUUCCGGGUGAAAUAGCAAAAGACAUGUUAGCAUUUUUCUUUUCGCGUAUCGCCUUACGCGCGACAAGGCAGAGCUCGUACACUUCCAGAAACACGGUCGCAGGGCCGUGUCUAUUUUUCGCGGUACCAACCCCGUCAUCCCCCUUCUAAUAUCGUAGCGUUAACGCCCUAGGUCCCCCGCGAGCAUAAGAGAAGACGCAUACGUUAUUUACGGUUACCAGUAGUCGGUUCGGUCUGUACGCGCCUCGGAUGACGGAAUUAUUUCACUCGUGCUUCGACAUUGGAUCCUUGGACUUUAAACUCUUUGACUAUUUGGGUUCUGAAUAUUUGAAUUUUAAAUCAUUGGACGUUCGAUAUCCGGACUCCUUGGACUUCCUUCCAGAGACGUGUACAGGUCCCGAGCCACCCGCUAAUUAAUUAACGUCGCUAUAACGAACCACACACGCUCUUUACACACAACCUUCUCUUACACCGUACGCUUCUGUGUUUGUCCUGUGUACAUAUGUAGAUAAUACACGCAUACACACGCAUUCGAGAGAAGAUUAAGUUAAUCUCGUUUGUAUUAGGCCGUAGACGGACCGCAGAGCCGAGUUGAUCGAAGUCACAGGGCUUGGUGAACGUUGGCGAAUGCGAGCACAUGUGCCCUCGGUUGCCUUGGCUUCGCGAUCUGCGCGCGACUUUAGGCGAGCGCCGGGUGCCCGCGAAUAGCGAUUCAAUGGAUGCGCUGUUAUUCCAGGAAGAGAUUUUUAAUCGCAAUCAGCAGGUGUCCAUACUCGAAUAUUCCAAAUUUUAACGAAUUUUACUUGAAUAUCCUCGCCAUCUUCUUCGUAGACUCCUGAUUCGGCUUCGAUUCCGAAAAUUAAUCAGUUCCCCUUAAUUAAGUUUCUCGAUGAAAAACGGCUUCGAUUCGGGGUAAGGGGAAUAGAUUCGAACAGCAUGCAAAUUAGCCCGAGAAGCGACGCGUAGUAGGCGGAACAGCUGUUUCCUGCCAGCCAAUUGCCUGGUGCCAAUCUUUACAUCGCGAAUAGAAUCGACAACACCUUUUCAGAGCGGCGUGCUCCUACCUACGAAUCGUUGCUCCGAUCGUAAAUCGAGAUGGACCGAGACCUUUUAUCGGGUUUAAAUAUUCGGAAUAAGACCGUUCGUGGAUCUCUCGAGCACCCGGUAUAAAGUAAACAGUGUCGUAGCGUAAGUUAGCGUUUAAGGCAUCAUUUAAUCGCAGUUCGCAGUCUGUACAUAAACGUAAAAAAAAAAAGAAAACGAGAACGCGAGAGAGCGAGAGAGUGUCAGAGUGAGAGAGUUGAACGCUUGAGAGACGGGGAAAACAACGAGACAAAGAGCGAGAGGAAGAAAUAGGUAUCACCGGCACCGGAGGUGACAAACAGACACGAGGGGGGGGAUAGAAAAGCAAGAGUUAUCGGUUCUCUAUUUAAGAGGCAUCUCUCGCGCAGAUGUCCCCGGAACGUAUUCCGUUUGGCUGCGACAUUGCCUUGUAAGAUUCUUAUCUAGGACGCUGAGGAGGGAAAGGAUUUUCCCUUUAGAAAUAGUCCUCGGGACGAAACAGGGUAAGCAAGAGGAGAGGGAGCGAGGAAACUAACGAGCAAAGGACGAGGGAGAUAGUGGUAGAGGCACUUUUGUAUAGAAUUCACAUCUGAGACUCUUUUAGCAGCACAGGACGUUCGCGCCACCCGUUAUUCGAGAAAACCGCGACUGGCUGAAUAUUAGCAGCCCGGAUUCUUUUUUAAUUCGGCGUAAGCGUUCGACUAAUGGCCUUUUAAUGAACGGUCUAAAUUGGAAAGGCCGUUAAUUGCGUACGGCUUACGUCGAAUAUGCUUCAACUUUCGUUAGUUUAUAUUUUAAGUAGCGCUUGGACAUAAUCGUACUGUCUUUUAUUAAUUUAUACGGUCCGUAUUUAGAACGCACUGCGCGUGAAUGGAUUCUAUCGAGAGGUGGACAUUUUUUUAUCGGUUUAUUAAUCAGGCGUUAAAGGUAGAUCUUGCUGGUUAAUUCAAUGAAUUUCGAACACGACUAGAUAGGUAAAAUUCCAAAUGAAAUUCUAGAAUACUUUAGAUGAUCUCUUAUUUGUUCGGCAACUGAUGAAAUUCUAAGAGGGGCGCAACAAUGGGGGGGUAAUACUUUAGGUGUUUUAUAUUGUCUUCUUACCUGUACGUAAGGAUAACUUCCCAAAUCAAAUUUAAAUUAACACAAGGGAAGAAUGUGCAGAAAAGUCCUAUAUCACAAAUUUUACAAAGCUUCCACUGCCAAAAAAAAAAAAAGAAUAAUCGAACUUGGAGAACAUUUCUUGCUUUCAAAUCCAAGUAUUUGUUAAUGUUCCCUAUUUUAUUAGAUAGCGCGUUCUGAAUAUGGAUCUGUCUCUCAAUGAUGAUUCCAUCGAAGUAAUAGUGUACAGUAUUCUUUUAUAAUUCGCACAGAACGUUAGAUAAGAGCCCUUUGAACGGAGAAAGGGAUGGAAAGGGAGCGAGGAUGUUGUUUGGUGGCCCGUCGCUGUGUUUCUCGGUAUCGACGUUUCUCCUCGAGACAUUCGCGGUCCGUCGACUAUCGCGAGCCAAAAUGUUUCGAUUCACGCACAAUCUAUGCUUUGUACGCCACAGUAUACACGUACUCUCUUCGCCGUCGAGCUGCGCGCACACGAUUCUGGCAAAAAACUGCACACAGGCGCAGGUCGAGACACACGCAGGUUUCGGUAAACGUCGGAGAGCGUUUGUUUAACGUCCAGAGGAAACAAGCGCGGCGUUGAACGCUGAAUUCGAUCGAAAUCUUUUAAUUUCGAUGCAUCGGUUUUCUACCUUGACACGCGUACAAGCUUUUUUACAGACGAAUCACGGAUCAGCAAUCACGAAAGUUUGCAUUUUAUACGGUCGACUAUUUAAUUCAAUUUUUAUAUUGUUCGAUUUUAUCCAAUCGUGUUUGAAUCACUUCUGUUAUUAUUAUUUUUUUUUUUUUUUUUUUUUUUUUUUAAUGGUGAGAUUUUACUGCAGCAAUGUAGACGUGCGCAGACAUUUAUCACGUUGAAGAUACAAGUUGACAAAGACGUAACAGAGAGUCACAGAUGAAAUUUGAUUGAAAUGAAAAAUUUGAAAAGAAUCAAUAGAUCAUGAAGAGAAAGUUUCGCUUAAAUUGUCUAGCCACGAUAGCUGCAUAUGAUUAGUGAUUGCGGACAAUUUUUAUCUGAAUCAAAAUCACGAGUAACUUUUUGCAGAGGAGGACACGCAUAGUCGCCAUAUACAUACACACACGCAUACACACACGAUCAUACGACCAUCCCAAGCGAGGUCUCCGAUGUUUGACGACGCAAGUACGAUUAUUAAUAACCGAGAGUUCUUCCCAAAGUUCGUCUCAUUCGUGUAUUUUAGCGGACAAGCCUAACGUUGCACAACUAACUAAGACAAAUUGCUAAGAGAAGCAGAGAGUGAACGCAAGGGAGAGAGAAAGAGAGAGAGAGUGAGAGAGAUAUGUAUUAUCGCGUAUGUGAGUGAAUGAGGGCGAAACGAAAUGGGUGGCAUGAUAGACAAUUAAGAAGAUCACGAUGUACGAUCGAACUGUAAUCGAGUAAAGUUGAUGUUAUUUAAAGUAAUAAAAGGAAAA